AUGCGCUUCUCCUACUUCCUGUCACUCGCUUUGGCAACUCUUCUCUCUUCCUGCAAUGCUAAUGCGGCCAUCUCAGGCAAUAACCAUGCUAAGCAGCCUUCAAUGAUUUCGAGUGACACUGCUGUUCUAUCCCGCCCUAUUGAUGCCAGCAAUGUCAAGAGGUUUUUGCGAACCUAUCGCGGGGACCAUGAAGAUAAAGAAGAUAAAGAAGAGAGAAGAAACCCGGCGCUACUGGACGAGGAGGAACUCGUCAGAUGGACUACUAAGUGGGCGGCGAGGGCGGAUGAUUGGUUCGAACAAGGAUACACGCCAGCCCAAAUGAGGGAUAAAUUGACUGGCCUGGACGGCGUCAUGAACCAGAAGAAUGGGAGGAAGUUCUACUUGUUCGUGAAGAAGUGGAGAUCGGAGCAUCCCAACGACCCUGGCAUUUGA